AUGGAAGAAGUCAUCCGAGUCUCUGGGCUUACUGUGCAUCCCAGCGAACUAGAACGGGUAGUACGGUCGAUAGAUGGAGUAUUGGACGGUGUGGUUGUCGGUGUGGCACAUGAGACGAAGGGAGAGGCUCCACACGCCCUCGUCGUAAAAGGAAAGCAAGGGAUCACCGAUUGCAAGAUCAUGGCCCUCGUUAAUGGCCAAGUCCCGCGCCAUAAACAGCUCGACGGUGUGACCUUCAUCCGGGUGAUCCCCAGGUCGUUGGACGGAGAGGUGUCGAGGAGCUUGUUGAAAGAAUUAAAUUAUUUAAAAAAAAAU